AUGAAUCCCUCGUCGACUACCCCCAGCAGCGAGGCUUCCACGCCGGACGAAGCCGAGUGCGCGUUGAGCCCGGACGGAGCUAGUGGCUCUGGUCCAGCGUAUUCUCCGGUGCCUCCCAGCGUUGGCAUGCCAUCGGAACACGACCAGCAGUUGCAUGAUGUGGGCGUUGCGGCUCUCGCGGCUAUAUCUCCGGACGUGCAUCCCGUCAAUCAGCAGAGCGGGUCAUCUCUAGUCUCUGAAGUUGUCAAUGCGGUGACAGAAGGGCCUUCACGGAAUUCUCCAUUGAUCGCUUCCGGGACGGUCGCGCACAGUUCCUCCUUCUCGACGCCCACGCUGUACCCGUCUGGUGUCGUGUCGAACAAUCUCUCCCCAGCACCAGAAGUGGACUCGGCCGGAUCACAGACUCCAACUGGCAAUGCAAGGAUGCACGCCGUCGUACAGGAACUGAUCGGGCGCACUGCCGCCUGGCCCAGUGCUGUGAUCGUCGAAGACAUUGAUGACAACAGUCACCGAAAUGAGAUGGUUAUGGAUUACGAGCCUGCCACAGUGGAGGAAACCUACGACUCACCAUCAUCCUCGAGCGACGGUGAUCUUGAGGAUUUUAUCAGAUUUUAUCCGGAUGAAGAAUAUUACUAUCGCAGCCAGCGAGCCCAGAGGCCACCACUUGCGACUGGUGACAUUGAUUUGGAUGAUUUCUACAGGCGCAUCAACUACGAUGCCACUUUACCGUCCGGUUUGCCAUCCGUGAUUACGCAAACAGUACCCGAUAUCCCGGAUAUUGAUGAACCUCUCCCCAACGCACCUGGCGUGCAUCCUCCGUCCAUCAUCCAUACAACCAGUAAGAGCUAUGUCCUGAGCAGUGGGACCGUAUGCUGA